UCCUCGGUUUCUACACACUCUCUUGGUUAGGCCGACUUGGAGGGAAUUUAACUCCGCUAAGAAAGACAAAUAGGAGACCAGAGCAGAGACAUCAAUCACUCCCAAAAGGGCUGCCUCAGGAGCAGUGAAGUGUCUUCAUGGCAGUUCGUCGAGGACACAUUAAGUACUUGAAAGCUGACCUGCAGGAGGUUUAUGACAUGUCGAACGGUUAUGAAGACCACAUGGGAGGGGACGAGGGGAAGGACGCCAAGACCAACCUGAUAGUGAACUACCUGCCUCAAAGCAUGACGCAGGACGAGCUGCGGAGCCUCUUCAGCAGCAUCGGAGAGGUGGAGUCCGCCAAGCUGAUUCGAGACAAAGUCGCAGGCCACAGUUUAGGGUACGGAUUUGUUAACUAUCUUAACCCUAGUGAUGCAGACAGAGCUAUCAGUACACUGAAUGGACUAAGGCUACAGUCCAAAACUAUCAAGGUGUCAUACGCACGACCCAGCUCUGAUACAAUAAAGGAUGCUAACCUGUAUAUCAGCGGCCUGCCCAAGGCCAUGACCCAGAAGGAUGUGGAGGACAUGUUUUCACGUUAUGGUCACAUUAUUAAUUCCCGUGUGCUUGUUGACCAGGCCACAGGUACGACAGGUGCGUCCCGUGGGGUGGCUUUUAUUCGGUUUGACAAGCGGGCGGAAGCAGAAGAUGCCGUAAAAAACCUGAACGGCCAAAAGCCACCCGGAGCCUCCGAGCCAAUCACAGUGAAAUUUGCAGCCAACCCAAACCAAGUGAAGAACACGCAGCUCAUCUCUCAGCUCUACCACAACCAGUCCCGGCGUUUCGGAGGGCCCUUACACCACCAGGCACAGCGGUUUAGGUUCUCCCCAAUGGGCGUUGAUCACAUGGGCAGCAUGGGAAGCGUCGGCGUCCCCGGGAACUCCACCUCCGGCUGGUGCAUCUUCAUCUACAACCUGGGCCAGGACGCAGACGAGAGCAUCCUGUGGCAGAUGUUCGGCCCCUUCGGCGCCGUCACCAACGUCAAGGUGAUCCGAGACUUCAACACCAACAAGUGCAAGGGUUUCGGCUUCGUCACCAUGACGAACUACGAGGAGGCAGCCAUGGCCAUCGCCAGCCUCAACGGCUACCGGCUCGGAGACAAGAUACUGCAAGUGUCCUUUAAGACCAGCAAGGGCCACAAGUAGAGAGCGCUGGACAAUCGGGUGUAGAGGAGAGAGGGGAAUAACCUGCACCAGGCUUUUAUUGCAGACAGGAGAAAUACAUGUUUGAAAAGUCUGGCCAAUCAAUUUGGGUUUUAGUGUAUUCAGAGUUAUAAGAGAUGUUCACUCUUCUGCACCUUUGUACUUGUCUAAAAGAGUGUAGACACAGUUCGUUUUGACUUUUCUCCUUUUGUUGUUUUGUGUUUUUUUUUUUUUUGUGAGGUGUUUUUUUUUCUUCUUCUUCUUCAUACUCCUGUUUGAAGACACUCAUUAGUUUUAGUUUUUAGGGAGAGGAUGUAGAGGGCAAAAAUCCCAACAUACUCCCAAGAUAAGUUUUGACCUAAAAAGCUAAGAUACUGUCUGUAUGUGUUGCAUGUUUAACUGUGAGGACUUGAUAAAGGAGACGGGCCCUGUGCUGCUUUGGAAAAUAGUUCUUAGCAGUGCACUGAAAGCCACAGAGUUGAAGUGAAAGCCCUGCAAAUAUGUUCUCCAAGUGUCAACAUUUCAGUGGUAUUGUAUUUUGUAAGGAGCCAGUGGUUGUUUUCGUCUCGGAAAAGCGGCGCUCUGUCCUGGAUCAUCGUCAUAUGUAGAAAUAGAUGCCUUAAAUUAUAAUCCAGUGGAGACACACACACACCUACAAAUACCACUCACAGAGCACUUUUAACCAGUCUGUUUUAGGUUGCUAUGAAUAUCAGUUGUUUUAAUCUGUGAGGUUUGCCCCCCUCCCCCCCAACACAAACUGGAGGGAACUGUUUGUUUUGUUGACCCUGUGUAAAGUGUCUUUUUAUAUAAUAAGUUGUAUUUCAGAGGAGUCUUGUUAAACAAUUGACCCCCCCCUCCCAGUCAAUGAGUAGGAAAAUAAGAUGGACCAAAGGCAGAAAGAGAUUUGAUCCUUAAACCCCAGAAGAGUUUCUGAGCAGAUUUUCACGAGGUAAAUUUACACCUUAUUUGUUUUUCUUCUCUUUUUUUUUUGAAGAGGUACUAAAGUUUAUAUCUGACGCUGACUGUGAGCAACAUCACUCUGGCUCAGUUGGCUUUUUUUGUUUUUUUGUUUCAGUUUUCUUUUUGUUUGGAUUUUUUUUCUUUCUAGAGGCAUAGAUUUUUAUUUGUUACAACGUAAGUCACAAACUUGUUUUAUCGAGUGUUUAUCGCAAGUUUGGAGAGAAAUUAAUGGCCUUUUGUUAAUGAUUUCAGUUUAGAUUUGCUUUAUUUUCUUUCUUUCUUUUCUUUUGGUUGUUUCACUUUGAACAUAAACCAUUAAAUUUUAUUUUGUUUUGCUGAAAGUUUUGUUUGGUUUGUUUCUUUUUUUAAAUUUAGUGUUAGAUUUGGUUUGAAGUUUUGUUCUAUUUUUUUUAUUAGCAAAUCUGCAGUCCUGAUUUAAAAAAAACAACAAAAAAAAACAUCCCUGGUCAAACAAAAAAGGGCUUUUACAUCAAGUAGUUCCCUUUUUAGAGGUUUUUAAACUUAUGAGACAGGUUUGAGAAAUGAAUAAUACUGGACCAAUGUUUGAUAAAAUAAGAUGAUUUAACCUGAAAACAGACACUUGAAGGAAAGGGAUUGUUCAGCAACAUUUUUAAAAUGGCUGGCUAAUUUUGAACCACUAAAGACCAACGUCAUUAACAAAUUGAAGCUCUGUUGGCACUAAACUUUUUUUUUUUUUUUUUAAAGUUAAGAUAAUACACCAACUGACAAAUGAAACACGCUGUUCUUAAUGUACCACACUUGUAAAAAGAAAACAAGAAUGAAAAAUUAAUUAACAAAAAUAAACACAUUAUAAAGCUGAACCAGAUUGAUGACAAAUAUCAGGAGAAAGUGGAAAGUUUAGAGGAAGUGCCCCUUUGUUUACAUCUGUGAGGGAAACGUUACAGUUUGUCUUGAAGCAGUUGUGAUUUGAAUAUCAGGAUAAUUUCUUGACAUCUGGCUUUAGUAAAUUAGCUUUUUUUUUUUUUUUUUUUUUUAAUGUAUAUAUACCUGGCUGUUUGGAGAGGGCGAUUACAUUUGGGUUAAACCUGAUUUUGUAUAGUUUUGAGUGUAGUUAGUGUAUAGUGAUGACAUUUGUUCUGCAUCAGCAGUGUUUGACAUCUCAACACUACCAUUUAACAUGUAAUGCUUGUAGAUCGAAGCCCAUAGUUCUGCUCUGUGUCUAAUGGGAUUUACGUUUAACUGGUGAGGACAUUGAAAUACUAAUUAUAUCCAGGAGUCCUCCAUUUAGAAUAGAUCAUUAGCAUAUCACAACUUAAUGUUUUUAUAGGGAUGAAUUCGGUAUGAUCGUCUUGUUCUCUGAGGUGGUUCAUCAAUACUGUAAUUGUUAGUGAUAGAGCUGCAAGUAGCAAAUGAUUCUUAGGAACAGUAAAAGCUCACUCAUUUUAGGAUUCAAUUUGAAAAAAUAAUUACCCUCACGCUUUCAUUAAAUGCCUAUUUCAUAAGCGGUGCCCCCUCUUAGAGGAUUAUUCCCAUUACGAGCUUCAGGUUUCGGUCUUAAAAGUGCUUUUUAAUGUAGUAUUUCCAUGUUUUUGUGUCAUGAUCCUUAACUUUGUGCAAUAUUUAGUGACUUGCUCAAAGCAGGUAAGAGAAAUUUCUUGUAGUGUUGGACUGUCAUCUUUUUUUAAAUAAUUUCUUUUUUUCUACUGACGUUAUGUUUCUGCUUAGGUUUUUUUUUUUUUUUCCAGCAGACCAGUUGCAUGAAAGAUGCGAGUUAAUUUGUUGAGGGGCUGUCAGAAUAAACUGCUUUCUGCCUUAAUUUAUAAGUGGAAAUGGUCGCGAGGAGAUCAGCGGAUGCACAAAUAUUUAUUUGACAAUGUAUGCGGUCAUACUUGUUACUUAUUGGAGUGUUUUUAAUGGAUGAUUGAUUGUUGUUUUUCUUGGUUUUGAACAGACACUAAGUUGAAGUCCAUUAAAUGUCUUCUAACAUUGGAUCAUUUCAAUAAAAAAACAUGGUGGCGUUUCAAAGUUG